AUUGAAAAGAAAUCCGGCAUGUAUUCGUAUAAAUAUAAAAUGAUCUGAAAAGGGUGUAACGAACAACGCUGAGCUUUCAAACUAGAGAAAAAUUCGGAAGGAUUUUCUCUCAUUUUUUUUCUUUGAAUUAAUUACCCGGUGAUCCGAGUGACGUGAACUCAAGGAAGAACACGGAGCCGAAAUGGGUGGCGGAGGUGAAGGAACGACGCUGGAAUUCACUCCGACGUGGGUUGUAGCCGCCGUAUGUACUGUCAUCGUUGCCAUUUCUCUCGCCUUAGAGCGCCUUCUUCACUUUCUCGGCAGAUACCUCAAAAGCAAGAAUCAAAAGCCGCUCAAUGAAGCUCUUCAGAAAGUUAAAGAAGAAUUGAUGCUUUUGGGGUUCAUUUCACUUCUGCUCACUGUAUUUCAAGGCACCAUCUCUAAAUUGUGUGUUCCUGAGAGUUUGACUGAACAUUUACUUCCGUGUGAUCUGAAGGAUAAACCGAAAGCUGAACAUGGUUCGCCCUCUGGUGAAUCUGGUUCGUCAACGACGAAGCAUUUUCAAACGUUAUUUGUUUCGAGUAUUUCUGGUACGGCCAGGCGGCUUCUUUCUGAGGGAUCUGCUUCACAAGCUGGUUACUGUGCCAAAAAGAAUAAGGUGCCAUUGCUAUCUCUUGAAGCAUUGCAUCAUCUACAUAUUUUUAUCUUCAUCCUAGCUAUCGUCCACGUGACAUUUUGCGUUCUCACUGUAGUUUUUGGAGGAUUGAAGAUUCGCCAGUGGAAGCAUUGGGAGGAUUCUAUUGCAAAAGAGAAUUAUGAUACUGAACAAGUUCUAAAACCAAAAGUCACUCAUGUCCAUCAACAUGCUUUUAUCAAAGACCACUUUUUGGGCUUUGGUAAAGAUUCAGCUCUUCUUGGUUGGUUGCAUUCAUUUCUCAAGCAAUUUUAUGCUUCUGUAACAAAAUCAGAUUAUGCAACGUUACGACUUGGUUUCAUUACGACGCACUGCAGGGGAAAUCCAAAGUUUAAUUUUCACAAGUACAUGAUACGUGCCCUUGAAGAUGACUUCAAGCAUGUUGUUGGUAUCAGUUGGUAUCUUUGGAUAUUCGUGGUUGUCUUCUUGUUCCUUAAUGUCAGUGGUUGGCAUACAUAUUUCUGGAUAGCAUUCAUUCCUUUCGUUCUUCUGCUUGCUGUGGGAACGAAGCUGGAACAUGUGAUAACCCAGCUGGCUCAUGAGGUUGCAGAGAAGCACAUAGCAAUCGAAGGUGAUCUAGUAGUCCAACCGUCUGAUGAUCACUUUUGGUUCCAACGUCCCCGUAUUGUUCUCUUCUUGAUCCACUUUAUACUUUUCCAAAACGCUUUUGAGAUUGGAUUUUUCUUCUGGAUAUGGGUUCAAUAUGGAUUUGACUCGUGCAUCAUGGGACAAGUCCGCUAUAUCAUUCCAAGGCUCAUCAUUGGGGUGUUUGUUCAGGUUCUUUGCAGCUACAGCACCCUUCCGCUCUACGCCAUUGUCACUCAGAUGGGAAGUUCUUUCAAGAAAGCAAUCUUUGAUGAACAUGUACAAGUAGGGCUAGUUGGCUGGGCUCAGAAGGUGAAGAAAAGAAAGGGACUUAGAGCAGCUGCUGAUGGCUCCAGUCAAGGAGUCAAGGAAGGUGGUUCAACUGUGGGGAUUCAGUUGGGAAAUGUUAUGCGCAAGGCUUCUGCACCUCAAGAAAUUAAGCCUGAUGACUCCAAAUCAAAUGAUAUUCCUUAGUACAUAUGGCUCCUAAUCAACUCAUUAAAGCUAAGGUAGCCAGCUCUCUUUUCUCUCUCCAUUUUUAGAGUUGUAUUAUACAAUAACCCCAUCCUUACCCCGUUCCGUAGGAGAAACGUCGAAGCGAUUUGUUAUACUGAUUUUUACCUUGGAACAAUCUUAUCCAUGAGUUGUAUCUUGUUUCACAUUGGAUAGUCUAUCCUAGGCUUUUGUAUUUGUGAAUUGUGAUGCUGUUUUUUCUUUAGGUUCACCUUGUAAGAGUACACAAAAAUGUAUCAUAUUUGAUGUCGUCUUUUUUUAUUGGGUGUUUGCUUAUCAAUGUGAUCAAAUUUUGUUUCGUUA